GUCUCCAUUUUUCCUUUCUUCACUCAUGUUGGGGUUUUCCAUUCCAAGGUACGUUGUUACUUCUAUUUAGUAGAAAAGGGGAUAGCUUUGUUCCGGAUUUUAGGUUCUUGUUUGAUGUUCUUGCUCUUUCUUGUUGACCACAAUUAGUUUGAUUGAAGUGUUUUUGUUUGGUCGAAGUUUGGGACUUUCUUGAAUCAACUGUUUUACGAUUUUUUUUUUCUUGGGUGGGAUUAUGGAUGAGAGGCUUAGAGGGCAUUUAGGUUCCAUAAAUGAGAUCCAAAUGAGAAGUCAACCCCUAUCAAUAUUUCCAAAGGAACCCAUAUCAAAUUUUAGGAAUCAGAACAUUGUUGCUGCACCCAGACUUGAGAAUGACUUUGCAGAUCACAGUUGUGAAGAUUUUAAUUUCCUCCCACCUGAUCCAACACCAAGAAAGGUAGGAACAAGUUCUAGUGUAAACCAUGCGGAGGAUUCCCCAGCAGACUAUGAUUUCUCAGAUGCAGUUCUAAGAUACAUAAACAAAAUGCUCAUGGAAGAAGAUGUGGAGGAAAUGACAAGCAUGCUUCAAGACUCCAUUGAGCUUCAAGCUACUGAGAAGUCAUUCUAUGAGGUUCUAGGCAAGAAAUACCUGCCUUCUCUUGAACAAAAUGUUCAUGAAAACCAACAGAGUCAAGAUGGUCAUUUCAAGCAAAAUUUGAGUGAAAAACAAUCACCAGAAUUUCCCAUUUAUAGCAUAUCUCAUUCAUCUUGUAGUGUGGUCACUAGUACUGUGGAUGGGCUUACAGACUCUCGAAAUAGCAUAAUUCAUGUCUCAAAUUGUAAUGGCAAUAUUCAAUCCACUUGCCAAUUCAGGAAAGGGGUUGAAGAGGCUACUAAAUUUCUUCCUAGAGGAAACAACCUAUUUGUGAAUUUGGAUGUUAGUGUGGUGGAGCCUGCAGAGCUUAAUGUGGGAAACAGUGAUUUGGUGGGGCAGGAAGAGAAAAAGGACAAGGGUGACUGCUCAGCUGGUGGGAUGAAAGGAAGAAAGAACUUACGGACAAAGAAUUUUUUUGCAGAAGAGGAAAGAAGUAGAAAGCAGACAGCAGUUUAUUCAGACCUCUCUGUUAGAUCAGAUUUGUUUGAUAUGGUGCUACUUUAUAGUUCCUCGCCAGGCCAAACAACAGUUUUUGCCUCACAAGAAGCAUUGCAGAAUGGAACAGGCAAAGUUCCCAAAGUAACUAAUGGUGGAAAGGUCCCUGGUAAGAAACAAAAUGAGAAAAUAAGGGUGGUGGACUUGAGAAUAGCCUUGAUUCGUUGUGCAGAAGCUUUUGCAGCUAAUGAAAGUAGAACCGUGAAUGAAUUGCUGAAGCAGAUUAAGCAGCAUGCUUCUUUAGUUGGUGAUGGAAAUCAGAGAAUUGCUCAGUGCUUUGUUGAUGCUCUUGAGGCACGCUUGACUGGUACUGGUAGCCAAAUCUAUAAAGACAUUGCUAGUAAAAGAAAAUCUGCUGCCGAUAUCUUGAGAGCGUACCGUCUACAUAUAACUAUAUGUCCUUUUUUUAUAAUUUCCUAUUUCAUUGCAAAUGAGACAAUAAACAUGAUAGCUGACAAUUCAAUGAGGCUUCAUGUAAUAGAUUUUGGUAUUCUUUAUGGUUUCCAAUGGCCCACGCUUAUUCAACAGCUCUCCAUGAGACAAGGUGGACCACCAAAGCUUCGGAUUACAGGAAUUGAUGUUCUUGAACCUGGCUUUAGGCCAACUGAGCGGGUUGAAGAAGCAGGACGUCGCUUAGCAGCUUAUGCUAAAAAGUUCAAGGUCCCAUUUGAGUUCACUGCCAUAGUAAAGAACUGGGAUGCCAUUAAAGUUGAGGAACUCAAGAUUCAUCGGGAUGAAGUAAUUGUUGUUAACUGUUUGUAUCGUGCUGAGAACUUGCUUGAUGAAUCUGCAGCAGAAAACAGUCCAAGAACAAUUGUUUUCAAUCUGAUAAGGCAGAUUAAUCCAGAUAUUUUCAUCCAUGGAAUUGUAAAUGGCGGCUUUAAUUCUCCCUUUUUUGUUACAAGGUUCCGAGAGGCUUUGUUUCACUUCUCUGCUUUGUUUGACAUGUUUGAUACCAUUGUACCCCGCAAUGAUCCAGAUAGAUUGCUCAUUGAGAAACAACUCCUCAGGAAGGAGUCCUUGAAUGUUAUUGCUUGUGAAGGCUGGGAAAGAGUGGAGAGGCCGGAGAAAUACAAGAAGUGGCACAUCCAUAACCAGAGAGCUGGGUUUGUACAGCUCUCAUUUGACAGAGAGACAGUUAUGGAGGCUACUGAUAGAGUAAGAUCUCAUUACCACAAGGAUUUCAUUAUUGAUGAAACAGACAAGUGGGUAGUACAAGGAUGGCGGGGAAGGAUUUUAUAUGCCAUUUCCAUUUGGAGGCCAGCACAAAGAGAUUCAAUUUAGUCUUAUCAUGAUUGACAUUUGAUAGACUGCCAUCCUAAGCAUAGGUGGUCCAGUAGAGAUAGUUAAGCACUGAAUAUGCUAUAUAUAGUCUUAUCAAUUGUCUAUUGUUCUCUACGCUCUUUAACAUAUUUGAAAUAAGAAACUUCAAAGUCUAGU